AUUUCGGAAGUGUUUUUCUGUGAUAAUAAAUAGGGACGUCUCUGCGCAGCCUAUCGGAUUCCGGGAUGCAAUACGCAUCCAAAUGAAAAGAACGCCAGUCCUUUCGCUAAUCCUUGACUAUCCUUUUUAUCUCGGGACUCAUAUCAGUCGGAUCACUAUGGGACAGCGAAGCGGUGGGACAAAGCCAUGCGGAUGAUAUUCCUGUAAAUGAGAGAAAAAAGCAAGUCUGUUUGACUUAAACUGGGCGCAUGUAGGCAAGCUGCGUAUGCGUAAAACUGGGCCAAAAUGUUCCUCGUCCUGCUCAUGGGGCUCUACGUGGCCACAGGUGAAUUUCUCUCCCCAGUGAGCUCCUGCCCGUCGCAGUGCAGCUGUUUUUACCACAACCUGAGUGAUGGAUCAAAGGCCAGGAGCGUGAUUUGCAAUGAUCCCGAGAUAUCUCUUGUGCCUGUCGGGUUUCCUGUUGACACGUCCAAGCUGCGAAUUGAGAAGACAGCCAUCCAGCGGAUACCAAGCGAAGCCUUCAACUACCUCUCCAGUCUGGAAUUCCUGUGGAUGUCUUUCAACACGCUGUCCGCUUUGAGCCCGGACAGUUUCCGGGGACUGCUUAACCUGGAAGAGCUUCGUCUGGACGGGAAUGCCCUCACCGCCUUUCCCUGGGAAUGUCUCAUGGAUAUGCCCAGUCUCAGACUUCUCGAUUUGCACAACAACCAGCUCAGCUCGCUGCCAGCGGAGGCCACCACUUACAUCAAGAACCUCACCUACCUGGAUCUGUCCAGCAACAGCCUGCUGACCCUGCCGGCAGAGGUGCUGUCCACCUGGCUGGCGGCGAAACCAGUGCAAGGUCCAGAAAGCUCCAAAAUGAUACUUGGUCUCCAUGACAACCCCUGGGUGUGUGACUGUCGGCUUUAUGACCUGAUCCAGUUCCAGAAGUCUCCGACUCUUUCAGUGGCAUUCAUUGACACAAGGCUCCGGUGUUCAGCUCCGGAGAGCGUGUCAGGCGUCUUGUUCAGUGAUGCAGAGCUGCGCCGCUGUCAGCUCCCACGUAUCCACACAGCUGUGGCACGAGUCCGGAGUGCUGUUGGGAACAAUGUGCUGCUCCGCUGUGGGACCAUCGGAGUCCCAAUCCCAGACCUGACAUGGCGCAAGGCGGAUGGGCGACUCCUUAAUGGAAGAGUCCAGCAGGAAACCUCCAAGGAGGGAAUUACCUGGUCCAUCCUCAGUGUCCCAGCUGUGUCCUAUCGGGAUUCAGGGAAAUACAUCUGCAAGGCCACUAACUAUGCGGGGAAUGCUGAAGCUGUCAUUUCUCUCGUUGUCUCUAACUCACCAAAACCAGAGGGGAACCAAACCAGCAACGACAAGAAAGCCAAAGUCAAGAAACCCAACCCGAUGGGAAAAGCUGCCUACCAGGAGAAACUGGUGGCCAGAUAUGUGGUUCCAACCUCCACCCCUUCAUCUUUGCCUGCCCUAGAUCCAGGCCUACCACCUGGUUUUAGUCCUGAUCCUGGACUAGCCAGUUACAGUCUGGCUGACAGAGCCACCCCAGGGCCUGCCACCUCUUCCAAUGCAGAUGCGCUGUUGGAUCUGGAGAAGACUAAUCUAAGCAACCUGGCGGCCAACACGUCGUCGCUGCAGCAGGACCCGGACAGGGUGGUCCGCUCUGUAAAGGUGGUGGGGGACACAGACAAUACAAUUUAUUUAAACUGGAGAGCCCCUAAGGCCAAGAACACAACCGCAUUUAGUGUGCUGUAUGCUGUUUUUGGAGAGAGGGACAUGAGGAAGAUCAAUGUUGGGGCGGGGCAGAACCGAGUAACCAUCGAUGGGCUGGUGCCCAGGACCAAGUACAUUGCCUGUGUGUGUGUGAGGGGCCUGAUCCCCAAGAAGGAGCAGUGUGUCAUAUUUUCCACUGAUGAAGCAGCCAGUGCCACUGGGACCCAGAGGCUGAUUAAUGUGAUUGUGAUCACAGUGGCCUGUAUCAUCGCAGUCCCUCUCACUGUCAUCGUGUGCUGUGGGGCUCUGAAGAGACGCAUUCAGAAGUACUGGGGAAAGAAAUCCAAGGACAUCCAAGAUUCAUAUGUGACCUUUGAAACACUGUCGCCUGGCACGAAGGCCAAAGGGCUCGAGGGCGAGUAUUUGAACAGACUGAACCCAGAGGAAUCCAACAGGCUGCUGUCGGCCCGCUCCAGCCUGGACUCUGAGGCCACAACUAAGAUAGAGGGACAGCCUAACGAGUACUUCUGCUGACGUCAUGCUCCAGCUCCGGCUUCUGCUCCACGCCAUCUUCCUCGCUCUCACCCACAUCCACGUCCCAGUCCGACCCCUAAUACCCAUUCACAUCCCCACCCCCACCCCCACCCCCACCCUCACCCCCAUCCACAUUCGUAUCCUCAUCACUGCCCGUACUCUCACCCUCAGCAACAUCCUGACGUCAGUCCCCCUCCCACGCGCUCCCGUACGGCCACACCAUGGGAUUCCCCCCCACCUGUCCCUCCUCGCUGGAUCAUGGCACCAACUCCACCGCCACAAAGAUCCAAUUUCUAUCAAAGGACUUUCGCACGCUGCACUAUAAUGGAAAUAUCAGUUUAGAGGAAUAUUUAACAUUUUAAUUAACUUGUUUUUCCCAGAUAUUUGUAGAAUAUCUCAUGUUUCUUACAGAUAGAGUGAAACUCACUUCACAUGUAUCCAUGCAUUAAUAGUAAGACAACAUUUAAACACACUCAUGCUUUUAUGUAUAAAAGAAUGUUUUUAUCACUAAGCCUGGAAGAGAUAACAUGUCAAAUGCUGAAAGAACAUAACAAUUAUUGUAAACUAUAUUUAAUCUCACUUGCAUGUCCCAGCGAAGAAACCUCUGCAACCUGAUCAGACUUAAAGGAAACGCAACGGUCAAUACUCCAUUGUCUAUAUCCUAAGCAUGUGUAUGAUUUGUAUAUACUUUAUGGAUGAUGUACACUUACAUAUACAGUUAAGUCUGUGCCUCUGUAUAUAUCUGUCAUAUGUUCUCAGAGAAGAUAUACACAUAGGCAUGGUUCAACACUCUGGUGUAUGGAGAAAAGCUGGAGCUGGAGAGAAGUACAGAAAGGACUGAACUAUGACACAAUGUAAAUAGAGUGGAAAUUAUGCAAAAUUAAAUGUUGGAUGAUUUAUAUUCCAAGCAAUGAGACACAUACUGAAAUAUCUUUAUGUACCUGUUUCGUGCCACCUAGAGGCAUCAUUAGCUACCCCAUUAAAUGUAGAUCUAUUCAUUCCAAUAAUUAUUUGAAAAUAGUUGAAUAAACUUUUAUACAUAUCCA